UCUCUCCCCGACUCUUCCACUUCAUCUUCAUCGUUUCGGAUCUCUGUAAUAACCACAACCCACUCUCAUCAUUCAAUUCCAUUCUUUACUCCUUUCAUUACGGUCUGUGAUUUACAGAUGAUGUCGUUCCAUCUCCUACUUUUUCCUCUCUUAUAUAAUCAUCUUUCUCGAAUCCUCUGUUGGGCAACAUCCAAAACCCUCUAUAGGAGAAGAACAAGCGAUGGCCAUGAAAACUGUUCAGACCUCCGGAAAGUCCCAGUCGCCGUGACAUCUCACCUGGGCCAGCGGAUUGUGAAUUAGGCUUCUCUAUGGUCCACUUUUGGGAGGCCAGAAACACUGCAAAAGGGGGAUUAAUAUUGGUUUGGAGAUGCUACUCAUCUACGAACAGGUCACACUGCAAGGCUUCAUCUCCUCUAAUCGUUCUCCACGAUACGAGACUCGCCUCAAACCAGAGAAUUCUACAGCCUCAGGAAUUUCUUUGCUACCGAAAGCAAACCUAUCUAUCGCGUUUUUGAUCACUCUUUGACCAUUUGUUUCACGCACAGCUCUGUCCUCUCCGACCUUGACCACAUGAGCCUCCUAUUGAUGCAGACAGGUUCAUGUUCCACGUACAUGAAGAUUUUGAAGCCAAAUGUGGACUCAGGGGUGAUCUUUAUGAUGUUGUAGGGCACAUGAAGCUACUGAAUGGCCAGUCUUUUAUUGAACGUCCGGUCCUUGACAAAGUGAAAAUUACAACCACACGCCAGUCUCUUGAUCAUAUACAAACAAAAGAGGGAGGCUGCAACAAUAUUCUACAAGAAUUUUACAGCCACUGCCGAACUCCCUUCGUCCUUUUAGUGACGACGGUAAACACAAAACUACUUGGUGGAACCCUUUCCCUAAGCUCUAUGUCAUCGUCGCGUGUUCUUAUGAACAGAGAUGUCCAACCCACCCAAGAUUAUUUAAACUGGUUAGGUUGUAACCCAUAUAUUGCUAACCUGGUCAAUGCGGAAGAGGUAACAAAGGCUGAGACAAUGGCUGUUGGGGAAAUCUUCGAUUACAUGAAGCAUGGGUCCGCCAAGGUAAAUUUACAGCUGUAGAUAAGCCACUGAAAACGACUUGACUGACCAUGUAAAUUAAUUGGUUUUAAACCAUCGCAGGAGGCAUUUUUUUGACUGCAUAGUGGGAUUAUGCUUAUGUGUGUUAGUUUUGUAUUUAAGCAUGAGUUGGGAGUUAAAUGAGAUAUGAAGAGAAAAUUGCAGUAAGUAAAUUGUUUCUUAAGAAUUUGGGACCUAUCACAUAGACACGAUAGAUGAUAUUGAACGUAACUCUGCUUGGUACUAUAUUGCCAGUGGUUGUAAAACAAAGGCUAACAGAGUCCCUACUUCGUAAUGUGCCCAAAAUUCACUACAAGAAAACACAAACUUAACGACGAAAAUUAACGAGAAAAAGUAAUCAUCGUAAAAUUACGUCGAGUUUAUAAAGAAAUUACGUGAAAAAAUAAAAUCAGCGUUAUUUCC